AUCAGUUCAGGUUUGGAGACGAAUCAUUGGAGGUAAGUCCCGGUUUUUUUUGUCGGUUUAUGAGGAGUGAGGACUGAUCUGACUAGUCAGCAGUAGUCUCUCUCCCCUAACCCUUAACCAGUGCCAUCACUCUCCCCUCUCUGCUGCCGCAGCAAAGCUCCGCAUUGUCUUCUUCAUUCCAUUUCCGCCGUUAACACCAUGGAUCUCUGCUCUUCUAGCCGUUUGGCCACCGUUCUCAGCCUCAUUGUCCUCCUUCUAACUUCCAGAGGUGUUUCAGGGGCUACAUUCACAUUUGUCAACAGAUGUGAGUACACUGUGUGGCCCGGGAUUCUUGCCAACGCUGGCAGCCCAAGACUCGACAGUACCGGGUUCGAGCUCCUGACCGACUCCUCUCGCGCAUUCCAGGCACCUACAGGCUGGUCUGGCCGCUUCUGGGCACGAACUGGCUGUAAAUUUGACGGAUCCGGGUCUGGGUCCUGCGUCACUGGCGACUGCGGUACAGGUCAGCUCGAAUGCAACGGGCUAGGAGCCACCCCACCUGUAACUCUCGCGGAGUUCACUUUGGGAACCGGCGGGCAAGAUUUCUAUGACGUCAGUCUGGUAGACGGGUAUAAUGUACCCAUGAUUGUUGAAGGCAGUGGCGGGUUGGGUCCUUGCGCUUCGACGGGUUGCACCACUGACUUGAACCAGCAAUGUCCGGCGGAGCUACGGACGGGUGAGGGUAACGCGUGCAAGAGCGCGUGUAUGGCGUUCGGAACUCCGGAGUAUUGCUGUAGUGGCGCGUAUAGCACCCCCGCCACCUGUAAACCUUCGGCUUAUUCGAUGUUGUUCAAGUCGAAGUGCCCUAGAUCGUAUAGCUACGCCUACGAUGAUCCUACCAGCACCUUUACGUGCACCGGAGCAGAUUACACGGUGACAUUUUGUCCAUCUUCUCCAAGUCAGAAAUCUGCAAGCGAUUUUACGCCGGUGACCGGAGAUACGCCUGUGACUGGAGAUAAGCCGGUGACAGGAUCAACGUCACAGGAAUCUGGGUAUGGGUCAGGGUCAGAAGCCGGGCUUACUUACACUGGUUAUGGAUAUGGGUACUCUGGCUCAGCCUCAGGGUACUCUGGUUUUGGGUACGCUGGCUCUAGGACAGGGACAGGCACUGGAUCUGGGGAAGCCAUGUUGGCAGAUGGAUCAUGGUUAGCUGAUUUGGCCAUGGGAGACUCAACAAGGGCAGCAGCUCCUUCCUCUGCUCUACAAUUUUUACUCAUGGCAGCAACGGGGUUCUCUAUUCUUUUCUCAUUUCAUUGCUUGUAGAAUCAUUUCUCAGUAGAUUAUGGAUUCUUGUAUUUGGGUUUAAAUAUGUAUUCUUUUUAGAUUUCUAGCUUUGAUUGGCAGUUGGUAAUUUCCCUUUGUUCUAAAAGCGGACAUGUUCUCCUCCUCCAUCAUGUAAAUAACCACCUUCAAGAUUCCCCCUUUGAUUUCCAUUGCCACUUCGUUUAUCAUUAGUCUCUGUGUCUCAUUUAUGGAUUUUUA